CUCCCAGGAGGCACUUGUCAUCCAGCAAAUGGGAGGGGGGAACCGGAGCUGCACAACAAGAGGCCGGACAGCACCGAGAGAGCGGAACCGUGUGACUAUAUAACGGGAGCCCGGGGCUGGCCAGGCAGAGACGCAGCGCUAAAGGAUCUUUAUUCCCAUAGGGAUGCCGCUCACUCCCCGCCUGUGACCCUAUACCCUGCCCGCAGCAGCCCGGCCAGCAGCCAGCCAUUCCUGGAGAGCAGAGCCCAGAUUAAUCAGCCACUCGAUGGGGAUUAAAAGUGGAUCACCAUUUUGUGUCGCCUUUCCCACCUGCUAUAGCAAGACCAACAAUUUUACUACUUCUUCUAUAGAAACGAUGAAACUGGUAUUAACUGAAUGGCAAUUAUGGAUUUUUAAAUCUAGUUCACAGUAGAGCAACCAAGCCAUAUGAUUGCAUUAGCACCAAAUAGCUUUUCUCUUGUACGGCGCGUAUCUUGCGUGCUCACCGAGCUGCGGAAACAUCCACCCCAGCGCAGUGGAAUACAAGUAUUAAUUGCAUGAAGAAUCUGACGAAGCUGAACAAAAAAAAAAGAGAAAUCUUUAUUUAUCUUUCGAGAGAUAUAGUAUUAAUAUUUAUAUAGAAUCUAAGAAUAUAUAUAUAUAUUUUUGUGGUGAUGAAGAUGGCCCCUCAGAAUGCCGACUCCGAAUCUAUGCAAGUUCAGGAGCUGCCGUUGACCAAGCUAAAGAAAGAGGAGACCAAGGAGAAUGAGAGCCGCGAUGAAACCAUCAGCGAGAGCUCCAUUGACCGGAUCCCCGUGAGGCUAUGGGUGAUGCACGGGGCGGUCAUGUUCGGCAGAGAGUUUUGUUAUGCCAUGGAGACGGCUUUGGUCACCCCUGUUCUUUUGCAAAUUGGUCUUCCUGAGCAGUACUACAGCCUAACAUGGUUCCUGAGCCCCAUUCUUGGUUUGAUCUUCACUCCCCUGAUUGGCUCUGCUAGUGACCGCUGCACACUGAGAUGGGGCCGCAGGCGUCCUUUCAUUCUCGCUCUGUGUGUUGGAGUUCUCCUGGGAGUUGCACUUUUCCUCAAUGGUUCUGUUAUUGGUCUCUCAAUUGGCGAUGUUCCGGACAGACAGCCCAUCGGAAUAGUCCUGACAGUUCUGGGUGUUGUGGUGUUAGACUUUUGCGCUGAUGCGACAGAAGGACCCAUCCGCGCUUACCUACUUGACGUGGCCGACAAUGAGGAACAGGACAUGGCACUUAAUAUCCACGCCUUCUCCGCCGGCCUCGGUGGAGCUAUUGGCUAUAUGCUUGGUGGACUGGACUGGACUCAGACUUUCCUUGGGAGUCUGUUUAAAUCUCAAGAACAAGUGUUGUUCUUCUUUGCUGCCAUUAUUUUUUCGGUGUCCGUUGUGCUUCACCUUUUCAGCAUCGAAGAAGAACAGUACAGCCCUCAGCAGGACCGUCUUGAAGAUGAAGGGGACACCUUAUCCAGCGUCAAGAUGAGCAGCACCAUUGCGCCCAUGUCCCGAUUAAAUGUUAUCAAUGAGGACGAGGCCUACUCAACGUUCCCCGAUGAAGUGCAGUCAGAGCACGACCUCAGCCUGGACUUCCUUGAGGUGGACAUAGUAAGGAGUAAAAGCGACUCUGUCUUGCACGUGCCUGACGCAACUUUAGACUACGAAUCAGAGCUGCUCUUUUUAAGUGAUAUUGAGCCUUCAAUUUUUCAAGACUGUUCGUAUCCAAACACCCCGCGCAGCAACAGCCAGGAACUAAUGAAAUCCAAAUUCAACAGACUCUCCGCGUUCCUCAGGGAGAACGAGAAGGAAGAGGAAAUGUUGCUUGAUAAUCACAUUAACGAAGCCAAAGUUCCCAACGGCAGUGAUUACUUACCAAAAGACAACCUGAAUGGACACACAGCAAUCGGCAUGAAGCAAUCUUGUACAGCCAACUCCAUGCGCCGGAGGAGGCACAUGUUCUAUCGGCAGCCGUCUUAUACUUUCUCAUACUACGGCAAAGUUGGUUCCCACCGGUAUCGAUUCAGAAGGGCGAACGCCAUCUUGUUGAUAAAGUCGUCACGCAGCAUGAAUGACAUUUAUGAUAUUCAGAAGAAGCAACGGCAGAGACAGAGGCACAGAAACCAGAGUGGCGCCACCAACUCCAGUGGAGACACAGAGAGUGAGGAAGGGGAGACUGAAACCACCGUCAGGCUCCUCUGGUUGUCCAUGCUGAAGAUGCCCAAGGAACUCAUGAGGCUGUGCGUUUGCCAUCUGCUGACUUGGUUUUCAAUCAUCGCCGAAGCUGUAUUCUACACCGAUUUCAUGGGACAGGUCAUUUUUGAAGGUGACCCACAGGCUCUGUUCAAUUCAACAGAAUUACAUAACUACAAUGCCGGUGUUCAGAUGGGAUGCUGGGGAUUAGUGAUUUAUGCUGCUACUGCUGCUGUUUGCUCAGCUUUGUUACAGAAAUACCUGGAUAAUUAUGACUUGAGCAUCAAGGUGAUCUACAUUCUGGGAACCCUGGGAUUUUCUAUUGGUACUGCAGUCAUGUCCAUCUUUCCUAAUGUCUACGUCUCCAUGAUCAUGAUUAGCACCAUGGGAAUUGUGUCCAUGAGUAUCUCCUACUGCCCUUAUGCGCUCCUUGGCCAGUACCAUGAAAUUAAAGAGUAUAUACAUCACAGCCCUGGGAAUUCAAAGCGAGGCUUCGGCAUAGACUGCGCUAUCCUGUCCUGCCAGGUUUAUAUCUCACAGAUCCUAGUGGCCUCUGCUCUAGGCGGGGUGGUCGAUGCCGUUGGGACGGUAAGGGUGAUACCCUUGGUGGCAUCAGUUGGAUCCUUCUUGGGUUUCCUAACUGCGGCCUUCUUGGUUAUCUACCCCGAAGUCCCAGACGAGUCUAAAGACGACCAGAAAAAGCAGAACCCGCCGGCGACUCCGGUCACCAAUGGAGUGGAUCCCGAAAAGCCGCCUGUCUUGAAACUCACCCACAAAGUAACCACAGCUUCUAAAGGUGUCGAAAGUGAAUCUGCCGUUUGAGCUGCAGGUUUGUCCGACAUUUUCCCCAUUCCAAGCAGCCAAAUUGCCCAAGGGGCCGGGAUCUACGAAGAUCUACGAGAGUCGCGUCGCCAUUGUGUCACACAUCGGCUGCGUUUGGUAAAAUGCCCGGUAUUGAACCUUACAAUCAUAUCCAAAUUAUAAAUUCAAAAUAAAAAAUCACUGUUUUUAUAUUCUGCAAUGCAAA